AUGGCUGAACAAGCAUCGUCGGUCCAUGGCCCAAAACGGUGUUUCGUAACCAUCGGCGCUACGGCGUCGUUUAGCAGUCUGAUCAGGCGCGUUCUGGAGCCGGAAUUCAUCGACGAGCUUCAACGCGCUAGUUAUACUGAACUGCGCGUUCAAUAUGGCGAUCAUGAAGGGGAAAAGAUCUUCCAAGCAAAAACGAAGGAGCUCAGAGAAGCACGUGCACUUGACAGGUUUGAAAUCACCGGCUUUGGGUUCAACAAGGCAGGGCUCCGGGAAGAAAUGAUUGCAGCCAAGGGACAGUCGAUUGAUAUCGAAGGGAUGGUUAUCAGUCAUGCAGGCUCAGGAUCGAUCCUUGAUGGACUCCGAGUUGGCGUGCCUCUAGUUGUUGUUCCAAACACCGACCUGUUGCAUAACCACCAGGUCGAGCUGGCUGAGGUUCUGGCUGAGCAGCAAUAUGUUGUCUAUGGAAAGCUCGACAAUCUGUCGGCCGCCAUCGGUGAAGUUGAGACAUUGCGACGAAACAUGAGGAAGUGGCCCCCCUUGCGCUCUGGCGAGGUUAAGUACAAAAACGGCCUCGCCGAUGUCAUGGCCGAGGAAAUGGGUUGGCAACUUGACUGA